AACAAGAGAGGACUAUCAACGUACUUCUUGAACUUGAUACGCCCGAAGAUCCAAUAUGGCAUUAUCUUGAUAGUCAAUACAAAUUCAUAAUUGAUCUUUUAAAAGAAUCAUACCAAGAGCAACUGAAUAAGAUUCAAGCAUUGAAAAAGUCUUUUCCGCCUUUUUCUAAUGAUACCAAAGAAGUUGCAAUACGCCUUAAAGAUGCAAUAAAGGCUAUUAAUAUAAGGGAUUAUGAUUCCUUGAUAGCUGGUAAGGAUAUGGAUGUGCAAAUAUGGAAAGCUACUUUAGAUGUUGUAAAAUCAUUAUCGGAUUUACUUUUGAGAUGUCUACCUGAUUUUUGGAAGUUAAGCAAAUCUUUUAUGGAAGGAAAAUUCCAAAAGAGUCCAGCAAUUCUUAGUGCUAACAGACGCAGACGUCAAGCCAUGGAUCUCAGAAAAGUAGAACAAUGCCAAAAUAUGGCUAAAGGUGUAAUUGAUCUUUACGCAUCAUUGUUAUCAGAGUUCUUUUCCCUUCCACCGCUAUCUGGUGAUCAUACUAGUGAUAGACCGACCUCGUCAUUCAUUCCGGUACAAUCUGAUUCUGUUACUACUUGUUAUUUUUUGACGAAGAUCCUUCAUGGAAUGCGUGAAUGUGUGAAUGAUAUUAAUUCAAUUAAUAUGGCAUCGGAUGUAUCCAAUGCAUUACAAAUAUUAAUGGAACAUACCAGAUGGAAAUUUGUAGAAAUAAUAUGUGUAGCAUGGAAUUCUGAUGCUAAGAUCUUCUACUCGCUUGAAGAUUGGUCUCUUGAUCAAGAUAAUCGCGAAAUUACUAAUUUUUUGAGAAACUUUCAUAUAUUUCACAAGUAUAAUUCUCGUAGCGCAUACAAAAUAGCAAGCUUGGGUUACGUUUCGGACGAUGAUGAUAACAAAUCGUCUAGAAUUUCCGAUGCGUUUUUACAAAAGAUUAAAGGCGCAUUCCUUGACUCGUUGUAUGCUUAUUUAGACGGUUUGGUGCAUUUGGUGUUUUCUGAUUAUACGCCACUUGAGUCAACCGAAAAUAAAGAACCUACAGACAUGAUUCAGAAGAUUUUACUUACUAUUAGUAAUCUUUCAAAUCUAAAACAAUUCAUGAUACCCAGAAUUGUAUCUCAAUUUGAGACAGCAUAUAAAUGUAGUCUUUCCGAUGAUACGCAGACACUUAAUGAUGUUAUAAAUCAGCUGGAUGGAAUAUUAUUUGAGGAUUACUUAAAACGGCAAACGCAGAAAAUUCGAGAUAUAGUUGUUAACGGUAUAUUAUCAGGAGACGUAGAUUGGUAUAGCAUAUCAAAACCUACAGAGGUACAUUCCUUUGUAUACGAGGCUCUAUUGUCACUUGUCAUAGUUCAUGCUCAAGUUAGUGAUAUCGCCAAGCCCCUCGUUAAUCGCACAUUAACAGCGCUGUUAGAGAAUAUGGCACGAGAUUGCCUUGAAGCAUUUCAAAAAGUAGAGAAAUUUGGUAUGGGUGGUAUGCUUCAGGCUACCCUUGAAAUUGAGUUUAUGCAUCAAACACUAUCGCAAUAUGUAAGCAAAGAAGCUCAAGAAACGUUACAACUUAUAUACACCACCAUUGAACAAUUAUACGAUACUACACAGGCAUCUGGCCAUUUAGAUUCAGAAUUAAGUAGUGUAAAACAAUUAUUAGUUGAAA